GGGGGCAGAUCUCUGGGUCAGGACUCACACCUGACAUGUCCUGGGGAAGGACGAAAUAACCGUGUCCCGUUCUAGCCCGGCUGGGACGGUGCUGAUCUCAGCAUCGGAUCCCGGGUCACAGGGGGCGGUCCCGUUCCCGGAAGGCGGUAGCCUGGGCCGAGCUGAGCCGCUGUGCAUCGCUGAGAGUUGGGCUGAUACCCCCGGCUGAAGUGGGUGGCAAUGGAAAUCCGGUACCCGGAGCCAGAGAGGGACGAGAGCCGGGUGGAUGAUUACCAUGGGGUUAAAGUACCUGACCCCUAUGUCUGGCUUGAGGAUCCCAACAGUGAACAGACCAAGGCAUUUGUUGAAGCCCAGAACCAGCUAACCAUGCCUUUCUUGGAAAAGUGCAGAGUCAGAAAGAGACUCAAGGAGCGCAUGACUGAAUUGUUUGACUACCCCAAAUACAGCUGUCCUUGCAGGAAAGGGAAACGAUAUUUUUACUUCCACAACUCUGGGCUGCAGAACCAGUACGUGUUGUAUGUCCAGGAUUCCCUGGAUGGAGAAGCUCGGGUGUUCCUGGAUCCCAACAAGCUCUCUGAGGAUGGGACCGUAGCCUUGAAGAUGCUGGCCUUCUCCGAGGACAAUGAGUUCUUGGCAUAUGGACUCAGUAAAAGUGGAUCCGACUGGGUCACAAUCAAAAUCUUAAAAGUCGAAGGUCCUGAAGAUCUACCGGACACUCUGGAAAAGGUGAAAUUCAGCUGCCUAUCCUGGACUCAUGACGGAAAGGGAAUUUUCUACAACCGCUACCCAGAACAAGAAGGAAGAACAGAUGGCACUGAAACCACAUCUAACAUCCACCAGAAGCUCUAUUAUCAUGUGCUUGGCACCAACCAGACAGAGGACAUCCUGUGUGCAGAAUUCCCAGAUAACCCCAAAUGGAAAAGUGCAGCCCAGGUUUCUGAUGAUGGUCGCUAUGUACUGUUAUCAAUUCGAGAGGGUUGCCAGCCCAAGAACCAAAUCUGGUACUGUGACCUGCACCAGCUACCAAGUGGCAUAACUGGCCUCCUUCCCUGGGUUAAACUGACUGACAACUUUGAUGCAGAGUAUAGUUAUCUCACAAAUGAAGGGCCUGUGUUCACAUUCAGAACGAACCUCGAUGCUCCUCGCUAUCGAGUCCUCAAUAUUAACCUGGAGCAGCCAGCUAUGUCACAAUGGAAGGAACUCAUUCCCCAACAUCAGAAGGAUGUCUUGGACUGGGCAACCUGUGUCAACUAUAAGUUCCUGGUCCUGAAUUACCUAAAGGAUGUGAAGGAUACCCUCCAGCUGUACGAUCUUGCCACAGGAGCCUUCCUUAAGGACCUCCCCCUUGAUGUUGGCAGCAUUUCUGGAUACAGUGGGCGGAAGAAGAACAAGGAAAUCUUUUACCAGUUCACCUCCUACCUGACACCAGGAAUCAUCUACCACUGCGACCUGACUCAAGAGGUGCUGGAGCCUAAAGUUUUCAGAGAAGUGGAGAUCAAAGGAUUCAACUUCUCCGAUUAUCAGACAGUUCAGGUUUUUUACCCGAGUAAAGAUGGGACAAAGAUCCCAAUGUUCAUUGUCCACAAGAAAGGGAUAAAACAAGAUGGUUCCCACCCAGUAUUCCUGCAUGGCUAUGGAGGGUUCAACAUCUCGAUGGGUCCAUAUUACAAUGUGGCAUAUCUGAUCUUCAUCAGGCACUUGGGCGGGAUCCUUGCUGUGGCUAAUAUACGAGGAGGUGGAGAAUACGGAGAAACCUGGCAUCAAGCUGGGAUUCUUGGUAACAAGCAGAAUGGGUUUGAUGAUUUCCAGAGUGCAGCUGAGUAUCUGAUCCAGGAAGGAUUCACCUGCCAAGAGAAGCUGACCAUCAACGGAGCCUCAAAUGGAGGCCUGCUCGUUGCUGCCUGUGUGAACCAGCGGCCUGACCUGUUUGGCUGUGCAGUCAUUGAAGUCGGUGUGAUGGACAUGCUCAAGUUUCACAAGUUUACCAUUGGCCAUGCCUGGACUUCCGACUAUGGCUGUUCUGACAAAAAGGAGCAGUUUGAGUGGCUGAUGAAAUAUUCUCCACUCCACAACAUCAGGGUACCAGAGGCAGGUAUCCAGUACCCAGCCGUGCUGUUGCUGACUGCCGAUCAUGAUGACCGAGUGGUGCCCCUUCACUCUCUGAAAUACAUUGCUACAGUGCAGCACAUAGUGGGCCGCAGUCCCAAUCAGAAGAACCUUCAAAUGAUACGUAUUGAUACCAAAUCAGGGCAUGGGGCUGGGAAGCCGACUAGCAAGAUAAUCGAGGAAGAGUCAGACAUCCUCGCCUUCAUUGCCGAAACCUUGAAGAUUGACUGGCUGGAAUGAGGAAGAUCUCAGAUAUGAUAGUUAAGGCCUUUUCUUUCUACAUUAAUCUCCUGAGCUGAACUUCAAUUCCCUGAGCAAGUUGGAGAGGAAUCUCUCAGACGACAUGGCACUGGCAGUAAGUCUAGGUACUCCGUCCACCAGGGCUGAUUGUUCGGAACACUGGUGUUCCCAUCGGGAUCUCCUGUUCCAUAUCUAUAGCAAUAAUGGACCCAUGAGGCUUACGGAAUUUCAUUUGAAAAUCCCCUUUCCCCACUCUGCCCCUGCACACCAGCCCCUAUAGUUUUUAUACUGUGGUUUCCUUACUCAAAGAACCUUAUUUCAGAGAAGUUUUUUUGAAUAAGAUUUUAAUCCCUCUACAUUCUCUUCUGUUUCUUGUUCAAUGAUCACCACUUGUCCAGAGUAUGUAAAACACUUUGCAUUGUUGUCAUAUUGAAUGGUUGUGUGGACAUUUAGCCUCCAUUGCCUUGUAUUAUAUAUAUGGGAAUUUUUUUUUUAAAAACAUGCAGUGGGUGAUUUGCCUGAGGAAGUGUGGAAGUAGAUACUCUCACAACAUUUAAGCAGCAUCUAGCCAAAUACAUGAAUCAUCAAGGCAUAAGACUAUGGCACUAAUAGGAUUAGUGUGGAUAGGUAUAAUGGGCAACAUAGAUAUUGUGGGUUGAUGGGCCUGUUUUAGUACUGUGUGACUCUGGCUUGUGGCACUCUCUGGUGAAUCAGGCAGCUGUUAAGAUCCCUUGGCACUUCGGAGUCCAAAGCAGAGCAUUUGCCCCUCUUGUCUAGGCCAGCAUUUAUUCCCCAACCAAACUCACUGUAAUUCAGAUCGUGGAUCUUCCAGUGACUACGCUCAAAAUACUCCAUUAGUUGUGAGGUGCCCUGUUGCAAAAAGCACUUUAUAAACAUCUCUUUAAUGUUUGACAGAAUGCAGCAUAAAAGUGUUUCAUUGCUAACAGUUGUAAUAAUGAGGCUUAUUCAAAAAAAUUUUUUCAGAACCUUUGUGUAAUGAAUUAAAUAAAAACAAAUGAUGAAAAUGUGAA